UCUUGGUUGCUGUGGUACAGUUUCGUCCCCCUUGCGCAAGUCUCGCACCAUAAAAAGCGUCGCACAUUGCGAGCACUCAGCAUUCGUCCGGCUCAGGGCUUGGUCCGAGAAGGCAGAAGCUGUCAUGAAGGUUCACGCACUUUUGGCGCUCUCCGUCGCUGUUUGUGUUUGCGAUGCCUUCUACUUACCCUUCGACUCGGCAGUCAAACACGACACCAACUACUGGAAUACUCGAAACUACUACAGAGACCCACUAAGCCAGGGACCGUCUGAUAUUCCCAGAGACCUAAAAGCCUACGGUGAAUACCUUACCCGCCAUUCUAACCCCGACCUUAGGGCCUCUCCUUGGGAUAACAAUCAGAACAGGGAGACCAGCCCUUUUGACGACCCAGCCAUGCGAAGGGCGGGGAAAUUGGCCAGCCGAAUUUUCGGUCCCUACGCCCGUGCCGUCCGUUUGCUUCUAUCUCCAAGUCCCGCAUAUUAGUUUGGUGGGCACGACAUUAUGCCCAACAAAGAGGGCUCUUCAACGUAAAAGGCAACUUUUGUUGAGAAGUUUUGACUGUGCUUGGUCAUCGCAGCCGGAGCGGCACAUUGUCGUUAGCCAGUGGCUGGUUACUGAAUCGAAAUGUUGCAUUACAGUAUAUUUUUUUACCAUUUUAAAUGUAUGGAAUCUUGACACCCAGCCUUUUUUGCCACUGUUGUAUUUUACCGGAUUCCGCGACACAUGAGUGGCUCGAUAGCGGAGACCAGUAGACAAUAAACUUUUAUUCCGGAUUGA